CCUUAUGUCACUUCCUGCGGAAAUUGAAACGCUUGAGAGGCUGAAACCGAAAAUAAAACAUUGCAAACGUAGUAGCUUUAGCAUGUCGCUCAGACUCUCUUGAUUUUGGUUCUACGACAGUUCACCAGUUUUAUUUCCGUUGGAUGUUGCAAAUAUAAAGAAUAUGGAUCUUCAGAAGUUUCACCAGAUUGAUGAGAACCUGACAAGUGGUGAAGUGGCCCAGCUGAAGUUUCUGUGUAUGGACCUAAUUCCCAAGAAGCGUUUGGAGACAGUGACUGAUGCCAAAGAACUGUUCCUACGACUGAACGAGCAAGCACUGCUUGAUGACGGGUUACUCGUACCUGAGCUUCUGAUCACAAUUGGACGCUUUGACUUGCUUGGCAUCCUGGAAAUGUCCAAAGAUAAUGUGGAAAGAAAUCUGCUACAACGUGACGCAUCUAUUAAAGGUGUGUCAUCCUACAGAAAAAUGCUAUUUAGUAUAUCUGAGGACAUGACAGAAGGCAACCUUCACACAGUGAAGUUUCUUGUGGAUCUUCCAAAGGCAAAACUAGGAACGUCUGCUACAUUUCUAGAUGUUAUGAUUGAGAUGGAAAAGCUACAGAAGCUUGGGGAAGACAACCUGGAUGAACUUUACUGUAUUCUAGACAAAUGUGACAAACAGCUGGCCUGCAAGAUAGACGAGUACAGGGCACGGGAACAAGGAGACAGACUUCCUCUACGGGAAGUGUCUGGUAAUGUGCAAGUUCCCUUACCUGGUGAAAGUAUGCCAGGAUAUGCUUUAUCACAGCAAAUGGUGACACAAAAUGGAUGGAGGAGAUGCUCGCUUGUUUCCGAUUCAGACACUGAACCCAGAACGGAGGAAUAUUAUAAUAUGACUCCGCGACCUCUUGGAUACUGUCUAAUCAUCAACAACUACAACUUUAAAAAAAUGUCCUCAAUGUCCAAUCGGACAGGAACACACAAGGACAAAGAUGACCUUAGCAGAGUGUUUCGCAAAAUGCAUUUUGAGGUUGAGGUUCGGGAUGAUCUGACAGCUUCAGAUAUGAAGGAUGUGAUAGGGCACUUUGCAAACAGGGAUCAUACUAGUAUGGGUGCUUUUGUCUGCUGUGUCCUCUCACAUGGAAAGAAGGGCACAGUGUUGGGUGUAGAUGGUAACGAGGUUGAAAUCCGUGAACUCACAGUGCCUAUUGCUAAAUGCCUUACACUAGCAUCCAAGCCCAAGCUUUUCUUCAUUCAAGCCUGCCAAGGAAAUGAGGGUCAGAAUGGUGUAUUGACAAUGGAUGCACCGGGAAACGCUUCAGAAGAAGACCCAUAUGAUGAAGAUGCUUUUAAUCCUGCAGCCCGCUCUAUUCCUAUAGAAGCUGAUAUGCUAAUUGGAAUGGCCACAGUAGAGCACUACCAGUCCUACCGCCACACUAAAGAAGGGUCUAUCUAUAUCCAGGAGCUCUGUAAUCAGUUGGAGAAAUUCUGCCACAGAAAAGAGGAUAUCUUAUCCAUCCUGACAAAAGUAAACCGUGAAGUGAGCUUAAAAAUGUUGAGGGGCUACAAGCAGAUGCCUGAACCUCGAUAUACCCUCACCAAGAAACUGGUCCUGCCCAUGGACUGAAGCUACUGAUUGACUUGUGUGUGACUGAAUUCAUGCUGGAGAAGUUUCCGUUAUUCCAUUACUCAGACUCGAUUAAUCCUUCUGGCAGGAUCAAGGCACUUUGGUACUAGAUUCAAAUUGAUCUUGCUGUCUCUGUGAGUCUGAUCUUAAUUAUUAAAUAAGACUUUGAGUUAAGCUUUACUGCACUGAAUUCUGGUUGUUUGAUCUUCUUUAGACAAUGCAAUUUAAAAGUAAUAAAACAUUUAUAUUUGAUACCGGGACAAAUAUUUUUAAAAUAAUGUUUAGCAUGAUGAUUUUAUACCAGCAGUCUUUUAGCAUGUAAUGGCAUAAUGUUUUGCAUUACAAAACACAAAAUGUCAUUUUCCAGCCUCUCUCUGACCCUGUUAUGUGGACUUUUUCCAUUAUUGUUACUGUAAUAAAUUUUAACUGCAAAAUGUUCUUCUGUUAAAUGGAAAUGCGUGAGUACAAGAAACAAUUUUUCUCACAGUAAUGUUAAGUGCCACCUCUAUUCUCAAAUUUACCUCACCAUGCACCAUGUUUAAAGAAAGGUCCUCAAACUCUGCCAAAGUUCUUAUAUUUAUCUCUUAAAAUGUUAUUUUUUCCAUUGACAUAUUAACAUUUCUUUCAGCCAGUGUCCUAUAUUUGGUGCACAAAUGCUUUUCCAUUUAAAAAAUAAGCCAUUUAGUUAGCAGGAUACACAUAUAAACAUACAUACAUACAUGAAUACAUACAUACAUACUUGAUCUACUUAGAAUAUAAAUGAAAUGAAAUGUAAAGCCAAUGGAAAAUAUCAUCAAGGAUCUUCUCUAUUAUUUCUUUCACAUCUGUCUAAAACUUGUUGACUUCACACUCUCAUACAGUAUACAAUACUAUAGCGUAUCUGUAAACUCACUGAAUCUUAAGCAAGUAUCAUUUCUAUUCUUAGGUCAUGGUGGCAUAUCAAGACAGUUAUUUUGUGAUUUGAAUAUAAAAUUUCUUAUUGUAUUUUUUUAUACAAAAUAUUGUAUGUAUGGACUCAAAUGACAUAAGAUUAUUGUUAAUGUAUCAAGACUUUAAUUAGACUUGAAUAAGGCCAAAACCUUUUGGCCUUAUUCAGAAUGUGUUCAUUCCUGAACUUGUGUACAAAGAAAUAAAAAUUAUAGUGAAUAUCAA